AUGGCCGUCGCCAUUUCCCUGCGAAACACCGCCCGUGCGGCCGACGACCUGGUCCAAAGUCUACACAACGUCGCCGACAGUACCAUGCAGGCGGCUAGCAAGAACGGCCAAUACUCGAUGGACGAGCUCGGGGAAAAGUUGGUAAAAAACCUGGAUCUCUACUCCUACGGACCGCCGAAAUUGUAUUACAAGCCCGCAACUAGCCCGGAGGUAAUCUCCAGGGUCGCAUCCAUGGAGGAGGGAGCGUUGCAGCUGCUGGUGAUUGGCCAAGAAACUGUUUUGAAGAGGAACCAGCAGGAGCGGUUUUUUGAAUCUUCACGAAUAAGGAAUUUUUACUCGAGACACAGGUGCGCAAGAGAGAACAGUAAGGCUUCUCCUGCCAAAAAAAAGGAUGCAGAAACAGACACUGCUAGUACGAGUACCGGAACAUCACUCUUAGAGCUGCGUAAUUUUCUCUGACUACGCAUCAAACAAACGAGAAAGACAAACUGCACGGACG